UUUUAUAUUAUAAACUAUAUAUUAAAAUGUCUACUGAUGAAAAAAAUAUUAAAAAAUUGAAUAAACCAAAAGUUAUAAGUAUUGUAAAAGUGAAUAAACCUAUUAAAUUAAUGAAAUUAAAUGAAAAAUCUGGUAAUAAUGAAAAUAAAAAUACGAACGUUGUUGAUAAUUACGUUCCUUUAAACGAUGCUAGUAACAUUCAAAAUAUUAAAGAAAAUUUUAAAGAAGUUGAUAUGCCCAAAAAUUCUAUCAAAUCUUUAAGUGAUAAUAUAAUAAUUUCAGCUACUUCUAUUGAACAAAAUGAAAAUAAAAGCAAAACACUUAAAUCAGAAAAAUAUGAGAAAACUAGAGAAGCUAAUGUUUCAAAGAAAAAUUGUAUGAAAAGUACAAAAGAAAAAGAAAAUAAAAUAACAAUUGAUAAAAAGAAAGUUAAGAGUGUAACUAUAAAAUCUCCAAAUUUAGAUAUUUUGAAGCAUAAAAGUAGACUUUAUUCUUCUGAUACUAAUACAAAGAAACUAAAUGCUACAAAUAAAAAAUCUAUUUCAGUUACAACUAAAAAAAAUUCAAAACCUAUUGUCGGUGUUAUGCCAUGUUAUAAAUAUAAAAAAGUUGAAUCUAAGACUCCUGUUAAAAAAACUGUGAUAAGAGAUAUAAUUGGUUCCAAAAUAAAGCCUUGUAUUAAUCCAGGAAUAGAAAAGACACCAGAUAAUUUAAAAUUUUUAGAAAUUGAUGAAAAUAUUCAUGUAAAACCAGUUAUUUCUGGAAAAGAAUUAGCAAAACCAGAAUAUAAUUCAAUUAUGUAUACAAUCAGUAAAUUAAAUGAACUAAAAAAACAAAAAGUUAUAACUGAUAUUGAACAUUUACCAGCUUCAUAUAAAAAUCUUAUAAGUGGGAAGAUUUCUACUGCUUUAGAUUUUCCACUUGAUGAAGUAAUUUAUAAAAAUUUGGUGGAUUUAUCCAUAGAUGAAAAUCAAUUGCCAAGUAGAUUAACUCGUAGUAAAGAUCCAGAACCAAGGCAAAAAGAUAUUGUGCCAAUACUUUCUGAUUUUUUUACACCUGUACCUAUUGAUGAAUAUUGUACUCCUGUUUCUGUAAAGCCACGAUUUUCAGAAACUAUUGAUUAUUGGAAUGCUUUCAGAAUUAGUGAUCAAAUAUAUGAAUGGAAACAUACUUUGAAUCAUAUAUGAUUAGAUGUUUUUGUUUUAUGAAUAACUUAUUUAUUAAUUACUAUUUGGGAAACACUCAUUUUAAUAGAUAUAUUUUUUUGUAAAAUGUAAAGUAUUUUUCAUAUUUCAUAUUAAUGAAUAAGAUAGUAAUAGAUAUUUUGUAGAAUAUAUAUGUUAAAAUUUAAACGUGAUAUACACAAAUGAAUAUAUACAAUAAAUUAUUUAAUAUACCUA